CGUUUAGGUGGCUGUGGAGACAGAAGUUGUUCGAAGAGGUAUAUAUGGUCGCCGUGCUCGAUGACAGAGGACUAGCAUUGGAAGGUGAAACAAUUGAUCGUGAAGAAAGGGUGAACGUAAAAUCUAUCAAACUGGGUGACGGCAAAGGGAAACACCGCAGAGUCAGAAUGGCAGACGAAGGGCAACAGGAACAGCGUCUCCCCAAAGAGCGCAAGAUGAUCGGUCAUUUACCGUUUCUAAUGAAGAUUUUGGAAGUUAUUCUGUCUGUGUUCGCGAUCGGAUUAAUAGUCGACCCACUCAACUCGUUCCAACGAAUACUGAUCAGAUCGAAAUUCAAACUGGACGACGCCGCGAUAAUUUACAUCAGCAUCGCCGGUUACAUUAUAAUCAACACGCUUUUCAUCAUUUGCCACUUCCUCGGCGACCGAAUACCAAAGAGAACGUUGAUAAUAUUCACCUCAGUCGGCGCGCUUUUGCAUAUCGUCGCAGGAAGCGUGAUUGUUUAUAAUUGGAACAAGAUUAUGGGCCCCUAUUACAAUAACAACGAAUUUUAUCCGAGCAAGCAGUACAUGGACAUGUUCAUAUCGGGAGCGGUGUUCACGUUCGUGAACGCGUUGGUUUUCAUCGUUGACAUUGUUUUGACGAUAAGGUAUUCAGGGAAGAACUCGCAAUGAGGAGGACUUAUUUCUUUUUUUUUAAC